AUGAUUCGAGAAAAAGUAAAAGUAUCAACUCAGACACUACAGUGGAAGUGUGUUGAAUCAAGGGUAGACAGUAAGCGUCUUUAUUAUGGACGCUUUAUUCUGUCUCCACUUAUGAAAGGUCAAGCAGAUACAAUAGGCAUUGCAAUGCGAAGAAUUUUGCUCGGAGAAAUAGAGGGAACAUGUAUCACACGUGCAAAAUCUGAGAAAAUACCACAUGAAUAUUCUACCAUAGUAGGUAUUCAAGAAUCAAUACAUGAAAUUUUAAUGAAUUUGAAAGAAAUUGUAUUGAGAAGUAAUCUGUAUGGAACUCGAGACGCGUCCAUUUGUUUCAAAGGUCCUGGAUAUGUAACAGCUCAAGACAUUAUUUUACCACCUUCGGUGGAAAUCGUGGAUAAUACACAACAUAUAGCUAACCUAACAGAACCUAUUAAUUUGUGUAUUGAAUUACAAAUUGAGAGGAAGCGGGGAUAUCGUAUAAAAACAAUAGACAACAUUCAAGAUGGAAGUUAUACUAUAGAUGCCGUAUUCAUGCCUGUUAGAAAUGCAAAUCAUAGUAUUCAUUCUUAUGUGAACGGUAAUGAAAAACAAGAGAUACUCUUUCUCGAAAUAUGGACAAAUGGAAGUUUAACCCCUAAGGAAGCACUUUAUGAAGCCUCCCGGAAUUUGAUUGAUUUGUUUAUUCCUUUUUUACACGCAGAAGAAGAAAACUUGAAUUUUGAAAACAAUCAACACAAAGUUACUUUACCCCUUUUUACUUUUCAUGAUAGAUUAGUUAAGGAUAAACUAAGGAAAAAAAAAGAAAUUGGAUUGAAAUCCAUUUUUAUUGACCAAUUAGAAUUGCCUCCCAGGAUCUAUAAUUGUCUUAAAAAGUCUGAUAUACAUACAUUAUUGGAACUUUUGAAUAAGAGUCAAGAAGACCUUAUGAAAAUUGAACAUUUUCGCGUAGAAGAUGUUCAAAAUAUAUUAAACAUUUUACAAAUCGACAAGCAUUUUGCAUAAAUUUGCAAUCCACUGGAUUUUUUUUUCAUCUUUCAUUAAAAAAAAGAAAGGUAGACAUGGGUAUAGGAAAAUGGUUAUUCCUUGCCCCCUUUAUUCCACUAUUUUCUAUGUUAAUUUCUAUAUUUCUAUAUUAAAGAAAAAAAUUUGGAAUAGAGAAUCCAUACCAAAGUUGGAAUAGUGGUAUCUAUUUUUAUCUCAAACAUUGAGGUCAGUAACAUUGAUGAACUUGAUAAGGGUGCGGAAAGAGAGGGAUUCGAACCCUCGGUAAACAAAAAGCCUACAUAGCAGUUCCAAUGCUACGCCUUGAACCACUCGGCCAUCUCUCCUACAUAAUGAUUAUGUCCCUAAACCAAGUCAAUAGCGAGGCAUUCUUAUUCCAUUUGCGUAGGCGCACUCAAUUAAUUUAAUUGAAACUAAAAAAAAGAAAGAAAUUAUUUUUUUUUUUUUAAACCCUUACUUCGAGGCCUGCCGUAGGAUAAAGUAAUUUGAUUAAUAAGUCCAUUUUUACGUUAUCUCGUACUGUAUUGUAUAAUUCCUUUGUUUGGGGAUUCUUUUAUCACGCGAUAAAAAAAAAUGAAAUUAUAGAAUGGAUUGCUACCCAUGACUAGAUCUCGGAUAAAUGGAAAUUUUAUUGAUAAGACCUUUACCAUUGUAGCCAACAUCUUAUUACGAAUAAUUCCGACAACUUCUGGAGAAAGGGAGGCAUUCACUUAUUACAGAGAUGGUGCGAUUUGAUUCUUUUUUUUUUUACCGAUCUCAGUCUUAGGAGAAAAAUACAUUCUUCGGAGAGAAAGCAAAAAAUUUUGAAAAAAAAAACCUACGCUUGCUGAAGGUGAAAUUGGGAAAUAAAGUAAUUAAUCCCUUCUGUCGUGUAUUCCCGAUUAAUGCAGCCUCAUAUGCUUCCAUUUAGGUUUUUAGUAUUAAGCGAAAGGUUAUACCUAUACCUAUGGGGUUAGGUUAAUCCUACUCCACUAGUACCAAUAGGCCGCGUGGGGGAAGAAGCACUACGUUCAGGAAUCAACAACACGAGAAAACUUUGUAAAAAAAAUCCUUCCUUUCUGAUCGGGAUUGGGACUAACUAGAAUGGUUGGGACAAUAAACAUCCAUCUCGUUCGUAUUUUGGAUACCCAUAGAACCAUCGAAGACUGUUGAAGUGACUAAUUCCGGCAAAUCAAAGCGGCGUUGAGGACAAAGUCAUUGUUGAAGUUACUAUUUAUCCAGUAAUAACCUACUUGAUGUUAAUAAAAGAUCUUUUACAUGAAGGUUGGCUAGAGAUUUCGUGUAAAAACACUAGUCCCACUCAGUUGAUAAUGAGAAUAUUACAAUCUUUUUUGAUUUGAUUCCAUGGAUGUUUAUCAUUUCAUUAUACACAUAAAGGAGGAGCCGUAUGAGAUGAAAAUCUCACGUACGG